CCGGUAGAUCAAAAGCCGUCAUUUUUUUGGAUAAUGAAAGCCCAUAAGACCAAAAACUGUUAUCAAAAUGGUCUUUAUUUGAAAAGCUGCAACCGAAGCUUUUGCCUAUUCGGGCUUUUUACCUACAUGUAGCAAAAAUUCGAACUCGACGAAACAUCCUCCACUUUCGAAAGUGACUGAGAGGAACUUUGCCCCAAGCGACUGAGAAGCAUCGACGCCGGAGGCUAAUUACCAGCUGUUGUUCACCGUGUUCAGGUAUAAUCAAAUGCCAUUGCUCAUUCUUUUUUCGGAUUCCAUUGACACAUUAGGCUCCAGGUGUUAACACCAUCUCAUCUCUAAUCUGCUCUGCUCCAAGCAUCACCAAUAGAGAGAGUGUCUUGUACUGCAAAGGAGAAAGGAAGGGCUCUAUUUAUUGACCGACGUGAUAAAUUUAUAUUUUUGCAAACAAACAAACAAACAAAGGAAUAAAUAAAUAUCCUCUCUUCUUUACUAUACCACACCGUCUCUCGUUAUCUUCCUUCGAAACUCCAAUGCUGUUACGCUCGCUUGCUCUUUGUUGCUGAACUUGAAACGAUCAAGAUAAGAAAGAAAAAAUUCCAAAAAGUUUUUGAUGGCAUUGAGACGCUUCUUUGGGUUUUCUGAUGGAGAGCUGAUGAGAUCAGAUGCAAAGCCAUGCUCAAGAUUAAUGAGACACACAGCUGGGGUUUUCACUGUGGGAGGAGCAUUAGCUUUCUGGGUUCUUUGUAGAUUGCAUUAUGGUCCAAGAAUAACGGUCCCAAGGAGUCUUAGGUGGGCUGCUUGCGGAGCUGUAUCUAUGAGCUCAACUUCAGCUUUAUUGGUUCGCCUCUUUAGUCCAGAAUGUGAACCCCAAAAUAUAGCUGCUUAUGAUAAAGGAAAGUGAAAUUAUGCCUUCUGUAUUAGUUGUUUUGUCAAAUUAAUUUUCUGUAUCUCUUUUAGAAGAUUUUUGUAGUACAUUUCUCAAAAGGGAUCAGCAUGGGGUUGAACUUCACUGGAAUGAAUCAGGAGAUGCUUCCCAAAUGGAUAUCUUUCCCGUUUUGAAUUAAGCCUAUGGAGAUGUUAGUGUGAUA